GACGUGGCACUGCCUGGUGGUGGUGGUGGUGAGUGAUAAUCCAGCCUUCCUCGCCACCUUCGCUCACCUGUCACUAAGGCGUCACGCCCUCAGGUGGUCCACGAGGAUACUUGUCCUCACUCGCCUCCCUCUCAGCCACCUUGAUGGCCUACAUAACGUUCUCUCCAACAGAAACGCCAUGCUGCUGCGCGUACAGGAGAGCAAGGAAACUGUCAGAGUUGGUGUGUUCGUAGCGUCGCCGUUCAGUGCGCCCACCAGCCGGGUCCGGAGGGUUGCCAGCUGGACACCGAAGGCGGGGUCACUUCCUUCUGAUCAAAGGCUUUUCCCUGAAAAGUUUCAUGUGUUCACAUCUGCACCGACGCUGAAGGUUGCGAUCGAGCUGCUGCCCCAUCACUCCAUAUCAUGGGUAGAGGACCCCGAGACCCCUGGGGGAGGCCGUCUUGAUUUUACUGGAUACAUGGACAGAACUAUAAGAUAUUUCGCCAAAGGAAUGAACUUUACGCCAAAGUACGUGCUGUCUCCCGAAAGAACCUUCGGCACCAAGCUGCCUGACGGCUCCUGGACUGGCAUGAUGGGCAUGGUGGUGCGGGAGGAGGUAGACUUCGGCGCAGGGCCCUUUAUGUUAUCACCAGUGCGAGCAGCAGCUGGUGACCACACUACGACGAUCUGGACUGGGAACGUUAAGAUGGUCAGUGGACUCAGAGGGCUAAAAAUAAAUCCGUGGGGCUUCCUGCUGCCUCUCACGCCCUUGGUGUGGACAGCCACAUUGACAGCGUUGUUUGGGGUGCUCUCGGUCUUACAGCUUCUUUCCUCCUGUUUACCGGAUAAGACAUUGUGCCGCGGCGGCUGGUCCGCCAACACAUUCAGCCCUGUGCGCGUCCUUCUGCAGCAAGACGUGGCGUGGCCUACGGAGUGGUGGUGGUGGCAGCGUAUGGUGCUGGGACUAUGGAUGCUGAUGACGCUGGUGCUGUCGAGGAGCUACGCCGGCAACCUCAUGUCCCUGCUGGCCGUGAGAUACGUGCCACAGCCCUUCCAGACACCAAGGGACGUUCUCAACGAUCCUCACGUCGCUAUGAUAUGGCAGAAGUAUUCUAAGAAUGAACAAUUCCUUCGCGUGAGUGGAAUGAGUAGUUGCACGAAAUGAGGCAAGGCACACUACUUUUUUUAAUAAUUUUUCGCUAUUUGAGUGUAUAUUACUAACAGGGAAUUCCCAUUGCCCAAUGGCCAUAGCAAUUCAGGUCGGUGAUCCCGCAACCGAGUUGUUGCUCAAAUCACACUACAAUAUUACAUAGAUUAAAGAAAAUCAAGGAUUUUACCAAGAAGGAUUAGCUUUAUUGCUACAGCGCUUUAGGAGCAAAAUUGUGGAAAGUGAUCACAGGGUAUUAACAGAUUUUGCAUGAUUAUUAUUUCUGACAUUUGUUAUGAACAUCACGUACGGGUCAUAUUCUUGUA